UCUUCCAGAAGACCUAUCUAUCUUUAUAAAAUGCCAACCCUCUUCUCUCUCACAUCAUCAUUCAUAUCCCAACCCGAAUGCUUUCGUCUGAAAACAAUUUAUCACAUCAUUUCCUUCUCUCUUCAACCUUGAUAUUUCUGUGACAAUGGAGCUUAUCCCUCAUCUUCCGGAAACCCUAGCCCGCGAGUGUCUCCUACGCACCUCCUACAAGCAGUUUCCUCUGAUCUCCUCCGUUUGCAAAGUCUGGAAGCGAGAGAUCAGUCUCCCUGAUUUUCUACAACACCGGAAAGUUUCAGGACAUAGCCAGGAGCUUGUCGUCUUGUCUCAAGCUCGGGUCGACCCUGUUUCACAACUCGGAUCGGGAAAAAACAUCCCCACGCCCCUGUACCGGAUCUCUGUUCUCGAACCAGAGUCCGGUUUAUGGACCGAGCUGCCUUCGGUUCCCGGGAAAUCCAACGGGUUGCCUCUGUUUUGUAGAUUAGCUUCUGUCGGAUCGGAUCUUGUAAUGAUUGGUGGACUUGACCCGGUCACAUGGCAUACCUCUGAUUCGGUCUUCAUCUUCAGCUUCUUGACUUCCACGUGGCGUAACGGGAUGGACAUGCCAGGUGGUCCACGGUCCUUCUUCGCCUGUGCUUCGGACUCUGAACGGAACGUGUUCGUGGCGGGUGGUCACGACGAAGACAGGAACGCGCUGACGUCAGCUCUCGUGUAUGACGUGGCGGAAGACAGAUGGGCUUCACUGCCAGAUAUGGGCCGUGAACGAGACGAAUGCACGGCGACUUUCCACGCUGGAAAGUUCCACGUCAUCGGUGGUUACGCCACGGAGGAACAAGGGCAGUUUAGUAAAACCGCUGAAUCUUUCAACGUCACCACGCGGCGGUGGGGUCAAGAAUCGAAAGAGUUCCUCGCUCACGGGAUGUCUACGUGGCCUCCGGUCUGUGCAGCCGGUGAAGACGGUGAGCUUUACGUUUGCUCCCGUCGUGAUAUGAUGGUGAUGAGUGGUGACACGUGGCAGAAAGUUGUGAAUCUACCUGAUGACGUCUGCAAUGUAUCAUACAUGGCGGUAAGGAGGUCUGGGAAGGUGGUCGUGAUCGGUUCGGCCCGGUACGGCGAACCAAGCGUAGGGUAUAAUUGGGACAUAAGCAAUUCUCGAUGGGUAAAACUGGAAACACAUGAAAAAUAUGAAGGCCACGUUCAAGCUGGUUGUUUCUUGGAGAUAUAAAAAUUGGGACGUCGUUCAUGCGAAAUGUUUCAAGAUUGAUCGGUUGGUAUCUCGUCGGUGUGACUGAAAUUUUGUUGUUGAUUGAUUUACAAUGAGUGAUUUUUGUAUGUGUUGAAGCUUGUUGUGUGAUGCUACUAAAAGUUACGGUGGAUCUACUGUAUUGGAUCAAAUGAUGAAAGCUUCAAAAGGACAAAGUUACAGUAUUGUGAUGUGUUACGCUGGGCCCAAUUGAUGUAAGAUUUGAAAAUUUAACAAGGUUCUUAUAAAUGUAAUGUAAAGCCCUUUAAGAGUUGAGAUGAUUGUUAUAGAUGCCUGAAUUUGAACUAGAUGUUUUAUUGUCUAGACAAGUAAUAGCUUUCUCAAAUCUCAUCUACACGGUACAAUAAAUAUGUAUUCAUCUGGUUGCACUUUUCACAUACAAAAGUGUUCUCCCCUAAUGCUAUGUAGCUUUUAUUUUAAUUUAAGUCUACAUUUUGAAUUGUGCUACCUUUUAACUUGAAAAAUAUCUUGGGCAUUCAUGUUGAAAACACACAGAAAAGACCUCUACUAAUCAAUGAUCUAUACGAAUAUCUAAAAGAGGAUUGAACUGUCCAUCUUUAUUUAUUUGCUCUUUUUAUCAAAAGGUUGAACAAAAGCCUUACACAUA